AUGGGUGACACCAAUGACUAUCUUCUUCGUAAUCGUGAUGGCAAAUGGACAUCGUAUUCAUUAUGCUUGAUCAUUUCUUGUGCCCUGUGUGCUCUUGGUGUUAUAGCAGUAGUCAUUGUACUCGCUCUUCUUCCCAUCUAUCUCAAGGACAAAGGAGAGGAUAUCGAAACUACUACAAGCAAGGCAUUGUUUGAAGUGAAUUAUAACACGCCUAUGAUCGUUACAUCAACCACGGAAGUGACUGACUUGGAUUCUUUGAGUAACGAGAUGAAUACGGCAUUGGAUGUCAGCGAAAUCAAAAUUAGUUUUGCUCAAUUGAUCUCAACAUCUAGUGGAAAAAAGAAAAGACGCGAGACAAAAAAAUGUGAAAAUAACGAAAAAGCCAAUGCCAAUGUUUUUGUUAUUCAAUUCUACACUGACUUUUCAAAAACAUGCCGAACUUCAAAAUGCCAACAAAAUAUUAUUAACAAAAUUACUCUACAUGUUCGAACACGUUUAACACAAAUUACAAUUUCAACAUCACUAGCAAAUGGUACCAGUGUCACACUUUCAUUAUCGUUUUGCUCAAUGAUACGAAUCACUGGCGAUCCAGUUGCAACUUGUUAUGAUAAUAUCCAAAAUCAAAAUGAAACUGGUACAGACUGCGGUGGUAUAUGUGCACCAGAACGACAAUGUACAGACGGAUCAAGUUGUGCUGUGGCUAAUGACUGUACCGGCAAUGUUUGCGCAUCAAGCAUCUGCUUACCUGCAAACUGUGGAAAUGGUCUAAAGGAUCGCAAUGAAACAGGAGUAGACUGUGGGGCAGUGUGUGCAGCUGGGAAAAAAUGUUCAGUUUAUGCCGGUUGUCAAACAGCACUUGACUGCACAAGUGGUGUUUGUGCGUCUGGCGUCUGCUUAUCCGCUACCUGUAAUAACAAUGUGCAAGAUCUAAGUGAAACUGGGGUAGAUUGUGGUGGAUCUUGUGCACUUGGAAAGAAAUGUGUUGAUGGUGGACAGUGCAACGUAUCUACAGAUUGUAGCAGUAAUCUAUGCGUCUCACAGGUUUGCUUACCAACGCAAUGCGCUAAUGGUGUACAAGAUAACGGCGAAACAGGAACAGACUGCGGAGGACCAUGUGCAACCGGAAAAAAAUGCGCUGACGGAGGACGAUGCACUGUAAAUGUUGAUUGUACCAGCAAUGUAUGCUCUACACAACUGUGCUUAUCACGUCAGUGUGGUAAUGGUGUUCAAGACAAUGGUGAGACGGGAACAGACUGUGGAGGACCAUGUGCAGCCGGAAAGAAAUGUGCUGACGCAUCGCAGUGUACUGUACCUGCGGAUUGUAGCAGUAACGUGUGCGCUACACAAAUUUGUUUACCGAGUCAGUGUGGUAAUGGUGUUCAAGACAAUGGUGAGACGGGAACAGACUGUGGAGGACCAUGUGCAGCCGGAAAGAAAUGUGCUGACGCAUCGCAGUGUACUGUACCUGCGGAUUGUAGCAGUAACGUGUGCGCUACACAGAUUUGCCUGCCGAGUCAGUGUGCCAACGGUGUACAAGAUAACGGCGAGACGGGAACAGACUGUGGAGGACCAUGUGCAGCCGGAAAGAAAUGUGCUGAUGCAUCGCAGUGUACUGUACCUGCGGAUUGUAGCAGUAACGUGUGCGCUACACAAAUUUGUUUACCGAGUCAGUGUGGCAAUGGUGUCAAAGAUAACGGUGAGACUGAUCAAGACUGUGGAGGACCUUGUGCAGCCGGGCAAAAAUGCGCCGAUAACAAAUUAUGUAGUGCUGCUUCAGAUUGUACUAUAAACGCUUGUAGCUCGGGACGAUGUGCUCUACUGAGUCCUCCGACUCUCGUCGGUAAAACACCUGGUACCGCACAGUGGGGCGCAUCUUCAAUAGCCGCUGGUGAUUUCAACAAUGAUGGUAAAAUGGAUUUUAUCGUGAGCGAAUAUCAUAAUUAUCGUGCUGAAUUGUUUACGGGUGAUGGUACUGGAGCGAUGACAUCUCUAAGUACUCUUGAUACUGCCAACCAUCCAGCAUAUGGUGCAGCCGGCGAUUUUAAUGGAGACGGUAAUUUAGAUUACGUUGCAGUCUCUGAUGAUUAUGGGUACCUGAGGUUAUUUCAAGGAAGCGGUACUGGCACUUUUACGCAAACAUACAACCAGAAUGAUGGAAAACGAAAAUCGACUGUUAUACCCGCCGAUUACAACGGGGAUGGCAAACUAGAUUUUGCUGUGUCGUACUAUGCUGACAACAUGGUGUAUUUGUAUAUAGCAAAUAAUGCUAACAGUUUUAAUUCCCCUGGAAUCUUUGCUGUCGGAUCAAAUCCGAGAAAAAUGGCUUCUGGCAAAUUCGAUAGCGAUAACUAUGCAGAUCUUGCCGUCAUUAAUGAAAAUGAUGGUACAAUAAGCAUUCUUCUUGGAAAAUCUGAUGGUACUUUUGGAACGGCGACGACUAUCUCAGUUGCAGCAUCAAUAAAUACAAUUGCUGUGGCCAAACUUAAUGGUGACAACUACCUCGAUCUUAUUCUAACCGUUCCUAAUACUCACUCAUUGAGUGUGCUUUUGGGUGACGGCAAUGGAAAUUUCGGGACACCGAACACAUUUCUAGCAGGUGGUAACGGGCCGAGCAAAAUAGAUGUUGCUGAUAUGGAUUUAGAUGGUAUACUCGAUGCUGUAGUUGCUUUUGACUAUUCUGGAACCCAACAAGUGGGUGUACUUCUGGGAAAGGGUGAUGGCACUUUUUAUCAAGCGACUAGAUUUUUUGCACUUACAUACGGACCAGCGCAUAUUACUGCUGUGAAAGUCGAUGGAGAUAAUCGACCGGAUGUCAUCGUUACUGGUGGUGAUAGUUACACUGUAUUUUUGAAUACAGGACCUUAA